CAUAAACCAAGAGUGCAAAAGCAACAAGGAAGGUAGUGCGUUCUUCAUAGUUUUGAGGAAUUGGGACAACACCUACAGGAAUAAGAAACUGUUCUGACUAGACCUUUGGUUCAGCAAGAACAUUUUGUGCGCACUGCAGAGUAUUUCUUGGCUGUUUAAAAUAUUAGAUCAUCAUAAAAAUGUUGGAUUUCAAGAUAGAGAUUGUUUUAGAGUUUUUUCAGGUACCACUCUAGACUCAAUCUGUUACAAGUCAAUGUUUGUGUUGCAGCAUUGACAUAUCAUAAUCAGAGAAAACAAAUGUUCUGAUAAGGGACAAAUGUGGUGUUUUGAUUGAUAAUUAAAUUAACAACACCUUUUCAUGUUGGAAUAUAGAUCACUAAAUCACAGGCUGUUUGGCUUCACCUUUCUUCUUGUUGUAUGUGUCUUCAUUUGCAAUGCAUAUUGGUUUAGGGUGUGUCCUGAAUAUAGUCAGAUGAGAUGAACUCCAGCUUAGCGCAUCUUUUGGAUUCAGAUGCAGUGCUAACCUGAUAAGUGAUAAGUAUAGUCAUGGUGGAUAUUCAGACAGAGGGUUUAUUUAAGCUUUAGUGGUGUUGGAUCAAAGCACAGGUUAGAGGGACAAAAUGAAUAAGAAAAGAUACUUUCUUGACCCUCCAGAGGUCAAAGACUAUCUGGUCAAAGGAGAACGGUUCACCAAGUGGUCAGAGGACACAACAAAGACUGUUCCCGUCACCAUGAAGAUGGAUCCGAAAGGUUUUUAUGUUUACUGGACAAACCAAAGCAAGGAGACAACGUUCCUGGAUGUUGCUACAAUCAGAGAUACAAGAACUGGAAAAUAUGCAAAACUUCCCAAACAUCCAAAAGUCCGCAAUGUCUUCAACCUGGAUUUCCCUGACAGCAACCACCUUGCCAAAACACUGACCAUCGUCUCAGGCCCAGAUAUGGUGAAUCUGACCUAUCAUAACUUCUUUGCCUCAAAAGAGAAAGUGAAUCAGAACUGGGCCGAGGACAUUCUUGCAGUCACAUACAAUGCUGCAAGAACUAAUGCAUGCAGACAGGUUUUCCUGGAGAAAAUAUACAUCCGCAUUUCUCUUCAGACCAACAAGGAUGGCAAAAUCCCAGUGAAGAACAUUUACAAAAUGUUCCCUGCUGAUAAGAAGAGGGUUGAAAGUGCUUUAGCUGCAGCUCACCUCCCCAAAGGAAAGUAUGACACCAUUAAGCCUGAUGUAUUUACUGAAGCUGCCUUCAGGACCUUCCUGACAAAUCUCUGUCCUAGACCAGAGAUUUAUGAGAUCUUCACUUCAUACUCCACCAAACCUACCAUGACAAAAGACAAUUUCACUAAGUUUCUAAACGAAAAGCAGCGGGACUCCAGGCUCAACGAGGAGUUGUUUCCACGUCUACGGCAAGACCAGAUCAAGGCCCUGAUUGACAAGUAUGAACCGUGCUCCAGUAACUCCAACAGAGGUCUUAUCUCUCCAGAAGGUCUUUUAUUCUUCCUGAUGGGUCCGGAGACAUCAGCAGUCAUACAGGACAAGCUGGCCAAGUGUCAGGACAUGACCCAACCUAUACCGCAUUACUUCAUUAAGUCCUCCCACAACACAUACCUAACAGCUGGUCAGUUCUCUGGCGUAUCAUCUCCAGAGAUGUAUCGUCAGUGCCUGCUGUCUGGAUGUAGGUGUCUUGAGCUGGACUGCUGGAAAGGAAAACCUCCAGAUGAAGAGCCAGUCAUUACCCAUGGCUUCACUAUGUGCACUGAGAUCCUUUUCAAGGAUGUGAUAGAGGCCAUCGCUGAGAGUGCUUUCAAGACCUCAAAAUAUCCUGUCGUUCUCUCAUUUGAGAACCAUGUUGACUCGGUGAAACAGCAGGAAAAGAUGGCUAACUAUUGCAAAACCAUGUUUGGUGACGCUCUGCUGACAGAACCUCUGGAAAAAUACCCUCUGAAGCCAGGCCAGCAGAUCCCGAGCCCAUCUGAACUUAUGGGCAAGAUCCUCAUCAAGAACAAGAAGGGCAGCCAUGAAAAGCCAGCCCAGACUAAGAAAAUCAGUGCAGCCGUCACCGAGCAGACGGUUGCAGCCGAACCCGCCCAAGAUCCAAAUGCCUCUUCCCAGGAUGGAAGCGACCCAGCCGCUCCCACCCAGGAAAACCAAGCUGAGGGAGAGGCAGCCGCAGAAGACAACGAGGAACAAGAAGAUACUGAAGAACAGGAUGAGGAGAAAAUGAAAACAUCAGAUGAGGGCACGGCUGGACAGGAAGUGACUGCGUAUGAGGCAAUGUCCUCCAUAGUCAACUACAUCCAGCCCAGCAAAUUCAUCUCUUUUGAAAAUGCCAAAAAGAAAAACAAGAGCUAUGUCAUCUCAUCCUUUGUGGAGACCAGAGGGGAGGCAAUGAUUGCUAAGACUGCUGUUGAAUUUGUCGAAUAUAAUAAGAGACAGAUGAGCAGGAUUUACCCCAAAGGAACAAGAAUGGAUUCUUCCAACUACAGCCCUCAACCUUUUUGGAACGUUGGCUGCCAAAUGGUGGCCCUCAACUACCAGACAAUGGAUUUCCCCAUGCAGCUGAAUAUGGCCUUGUUUGAAUUUAACGGCAGAACGGGUUACCUCCUCAAACAUGAUGUGAUGCGCCGCAGCGAUAAAAAGUUUGAUCCCUUCUGUGACAGAAUUGACACCGUAGUGGCAAGCACAUUGACCAUAAAGAUUUAUUCAGGACAGUUUCUUUCCGAAAAGAGUGUGAAAACUGGGGUUGAGGUGGAGGUGAUCGGGCUGCCGGGGGACCCCAAGAAGAAGUACCGCACCAAGUGGUCCACCACACCCAAUGCCAUAAACCCGGUGUGGAAUGAGGACCCAUUUGUUUUUGAGAAGAUCCUGCUUCCAGAAAUGGCUGCUUUAAGAAUCGUUGUCCAUGAAGAGAACGGGAAAUUUGUGGGACACAGAAUAAUCCCUGUUGACGCCAUCCAGUCAGGCUUCCAUCACAUCUGCCUGCGCAGUGAGAGCAACAUGCCUCUCACUCUGCCCGCUCUCUUCGUGUACAUCGAGGUCAAGGACUACAUACCUGCUGCAUUUGCAGAUUUCACAGAUGCCUUAUUUAACCCAACAAAGGGCUCAGAGAAGACUUCAAAGACCCCUAAAGAGUCAUCAUCUGACUACAUCUCUCCCUAUGAGUUGCCUCUUGUGGAUCAACCUCCUGCAGGCAAAGCCAAGGAAAAUGAGGCCCCUGCUGAAGAAAAGGCUGUAUCCGAACCUGAGCCAAACACUGAUGCAAGUGAAAAUCCAUCACAGUCUCCUUCAGAAACCAGUGCAGAAGAAGCUAAAGAACAGCCUGAGCAGUCUCAAACCCUUGAUGCCACCCCUGCUGAGGAUGCUGAGCCAGAUGCAGGAAAUCCUGAAACUCAAUCUGCUCCUAAAGCCGCUCCAUCCACUGAUGAGGUGGAAGAUCAAAAUCGAGUGGCCCUAAAGCCAGAGGUUGCUCCUGAAUCCAAAGAGGAACAAGGCACUGAUCCUGAUACAAACCUUAAGUCUGACAAUAAAGAAGUGUCUGAGACAUCUGCAGCUGCUUCUGAAGAACAAGCUUCAUCCAGCCUGGUGAAUACAUUGUCAGAACCAGCAGGAUCAAGUGUCCUAUCUCAGUCGCCAGCUAGUAGUGAAGAGCCUUGCACUGUGACUGUUGAGCAACUCACACAGCACAAGAACUAUCAGAAGGUCACCAAGCGUCAGGAGAAAGACAUGAAAGAAGCUGAGAAGAAAUAUCAGAAAAAAGCAGAAGAUCUGAUUCAGAAAUACUCCGACUCCUUCAAGGCUAUCAAGAAGAAGGGUUCACUGAAAAAGAAAGAGGGAGGGGACAACUCUUCCGACAACAAUGGGAAGAAAGAGCGAGUCCAGGAGCAGAAAGACAAAAUGCAAACUGAGCUACAGACUCUGUGGACAGAACAGUGCGAUCAGAUGAAAAGGAAGAAAGAGCAGUGUGCCACGGAGAGACUUGCUAAGCUGUUGGAGAUGGCCAUGGAGAGACACACCAUUGAGCUGAAGACCCUGGAGAGUGAAACCAAAGAAAAGAAGAAAGCACUAAAAUGUUCCUCCACAGAGAAGUCAAAGUUGAAAAGAGCGAUGAGCACCGAGAUGCUGGAUGACACAAGUCAGCCUGAUGCUGCUUCUGCAGAGUACAGUCCACAACAAGAGGCUCUGAUGAAGAAACAAGCUGCUACCGUUGAUGAAAUCAAGGGAAUGACUAAUCAGCUAAUCCAGGAGGCACUAAAAGAGCAUGGUCAGAAAAUGAGGGCUCUGCCUGCAGAGGUGAGGAAUACUGUUAACGUCUGCGUGGGGGCGCACUUCCCAGAGUACGUUGAUGACAGCGGGGACAAAACUCAUGCAUGCGAGAGUUUCUAUGGAAAUGUCUUCCUGGGUUAGCUGUACUGUGUUAUCAUUCAUCUUUCUGCUUUAUGCCUUUUAUAUUAAUGCUUUCAGUCUGUUAUAUAACCUAAAAUUGAAACAUUCCUUUAAAGUAGAUGAGGACUAUUAGCAGAGCUUGGAGUGAAUUUCAAAUAUUAGAUGUGCUAUUCAUAGCAGGAGUAUCAUUUAAGAGGUUGCAAGCCAGUAAUGAUGUCCCCUUGAAUGUAUUUUAUGCCAAGGUUAGAUGGUUUUAAAAUUUCUUCUUGGGAAUUACGGUGAAAGAUCAGCUUCACUAAAAGCAAAAGGUCUGUAGUUUCAAUCUCCUUCUGCUCUGCUCGGAGUUUUCAUCCUUGUUGAAUAAACACAUUUUAAUCUUCAUGUUUCCUUGUCACUUUAGCUUUUUUCACUCUAUGGUUUGUUUGGGGUUUUAAGUACUUGAAGAACUUGUAAACAAGAUGAAAUAUUUGGUAUGUGUUUAAAAUAACCUCAUUAACUGGCUUAACAUGGACCAUCUUCUUAUAGAUAUGAGAUGUUGUAAAUCCCUUUAUUUCCAUGGAACAAGGGCAGCAAGUGGUACAGUUCGUGAAAAAGUUAAACAUAAAUCCAAUAAUUACUUGAAAAGUAACGUGUGCAUCAAGUGGCACAAAUAAGAUGGUUUUCUGUUUUGUGACUGUUUCUGGAUUUACUUUGUAAUGAUUCUGGGUGAUAAUUUAUCUAUAACAAAUGUCACUUUUUCUUUCUGUGAUUUAAUAAACAGACAUUUAAACUCUU